AUGUUCCCCACCCUGCGUCGACUCUCCCAGCAGGCCCCCGACCUGGCGAAGGCGGCCAGGUCUGCGUCCACCCCCAUGGCCAUCCGCGCCCGCCGUGACAAAAAGGGCAUCAAGUCCGACUUCCUCGUCCCCGACACGACCGUCGACGGCCUCUCGCCCUCCGAAAUGGCGCGCUACCAGCGCCACCUGGCCACCGGCGAGCUCUUCCGCGAAGACGGCACGACGCCGACCCCGGCCGAAUGGCUCGCGCAGCUGCACGCGCGGCGGAACCGCCUGCGCGGCAUCAAGGAGGUCGUCCGCGAAGACGGGACGAAGGCGACGGAGGUCGUCGGCCAGAAGGUCUACCUGCCCAACAUCCGCUUCGUCAUGACCCCGAACCACACCCCGCCCGGGCAGCCGUACAACCCGUACGAGGCGACGUUCCGCGUGCCGCGCGAGGUGACGAAGACGGACGUGCGCUCGUACCUGCUCGCGGCGUACGGCGUCCGGACGACGUACAUCCGCACGAGCAACUACCAGAUGCCGGUCAAGUACGCGAUCGGGACGCGCGUGAACUUGAAGCGGCCGACGUUCCGCACGUACAAGCGCGCGGUCGUCGGCCUCGUCGACCCGUUCUUCCCGCCGGAGAUGGAGGACGACAUGUCGGCGGCGGAGCGCGAGGAGCGCGCGAAGGUGCUGAGGGAGACGUUCCAGGCGGGCGCGCAGGACUCGCGGAUGCGCGCGGUGUUCCUCAAGAACAGCAACAACCCCGACUGGAAGAAGCUGCCCGUUAUGGGACGCGGGCAUAUCGUGAGGUCGGUUGCGGCGCGUAAGGCCGAGAGGCGGGAGGCGGUGGAGAAGGCGAAGGCGGACAUGCUGGAGAAGCGGGCAGGGGCGGAGGCGGUGGCGGAGACAUAG